AACCACAACACAUUCAAUGCCAAUCUGCUUGCAAAUAAGAAGGUAGGCAACUCUUAUGGGAAUCCAGAAUCCUGGUUCCAGUACGCGGCUGUGCGGUACAAGGGUCCGCACGGCCAAAAUACAGCCCGGGAGCGUCAGAUUGCUUUGCCGCUUUCUUUGGGGCUGCGAUGCUAUCGACUACUUUUCUUACAUUUCGCUCUGGGCCUUCUUUCCUUCAUUCGUUCGUUCGUUCAUUACCAUUUCAAGGCAUUGGUUCGUAUAUAUAUACUCUCCAGUUUCCAAUUGAGAAGGGAAUACUUCUUCUGCGCAGGUCGCAGUCCUCCCACUCUAGACUCGAAACUCCAAGUAAGCACCGCAACAACACGAUUGCUUCACCAUGACAGCGCCCCUCGAUUCCGCCUACGAGUCCUCGGACGAAGAAGCGCCUCUUCUUUCCUCUCCGCCGGAAAGUCCUACGCUGACAUCGUUCCCGCGCCCUUCUCGACCGUCUCAUGUCCGAAAGACCUCCUACAUUCCGCAGAUCCACCGAGCACACUCCCCGCGCGCCAUCACCGGUAUCCUGUUCUUGAUUCUCUUUAUAUUGGCGUUUGGGGGCUAUCUUAUGGCCGUGCCGGGGAUUAGGAUUAUGGAGGAUAUUGUUUGCCAUAAGGUGUUGGGGAUUGAGGGGGAGAUUGAUGAGAGUUUGUGUAAGGGGGAGGAGGUGCAGAAUGAGUUGAGUAUUGUGGCUGCGGGGUUGCAUGUUAUUGGGGCUAUUCCUAGUUUGGUGACGACGAUUCCGUAUGGGUUGUUGGCUGAUAGAAUUGGACGAAAGCCGGUAUUUAUACUAGGUUUGACAGGUAUUAUCCUGAGUGCUAUAUGGCAAAUGUGCGUCAUGUGGUUCUGGAAAACCCUUCCACUUCGUCUAGUCUGGCUCGGACCAAUCUUCAUUCUGAUCGGGGGUGGAGAAACGGUCGCUGCUAUGGUAUUCUAUGCCAUUGCAUGUGAUAUAACUCCCGAAGCGAACAGAGCGAAUGUCUUCCUGCUAGGAGCCAGUGCUGGCAUGGUAGCUGAGGUUAUUGCUCCUUCCGUAUCAGCAUGGCUUAUGAAGUCCUCAAACUGGAUAUCGAUGAUCAUAGGAGUGUCCAUCCUAACCUUCGGAACCCUCCUCAUCUUCCUAAUUCCGGAGACACUUCACAUGCGACCCAGAGCCUCCAAUCCAUCACACCUAACCCCUUCACCAUCAAAUCCCGACCUCCAAUCCGACUCCCCUGAUAGCAAGAAAACAUCAAUAAUGACCGCUAUCAAAACCGAAUUCGCCACAAGUCUAAGAUCACUAAGUUCCUCCCUCCAAAUCCUAUCCUCAACUCCAAUCAUCAUCCUCCUAUGUACAUUCACCGUCCAACCCUUCACCCGCCAAUCAGUCGACCUCUCCCUCCGCUACGUAAGCACACGCUUCCACAUUCCCCUCCGCCUCUCUUCCCUCCUCCUCUCCCUCCGCGCAGGCGUCAAUAUCCUCCUCCUGCUCGCCAUCCUGCCUUUGCUAUCCUACGUCCUUACGAAACGAUUCUCCUUCACUUCCCCGCGGAAAGAUCUCUUCCUCGCCCGCCUCUCAAUCCUGUUCCUUACCUUCGGCAUCCUUAUUAUUGCCGCUAGUCCAACUCUCCCGUUGACCAUCAUCGGAAUGAGUAUCUUUACCCUUGGCACGGGCUAUAUCGCCCUAAUAAGGAGCUUAAUCACGACAUUGGUUCAUCAGCAGCAUAUCGCGCAAUUGUACGCACAAGUUGCUGUUGUAGAAACCGUCGGCGCGUUAGUUUCCGGCCCAAGUUUAGCAAAGCUAUAUAUGGUAGGCUUAAAGAUGAAAGGCCCCUGGGUCGGAUUACCGUUUUUCGGAGUCGGUGUUAUUUGUUUGCUGGGCGCAGUGGGAGUUUGGGCUGCGGGAUGCGUUAUGGGACGCAGGGGCUGGGAGAAGGAUAGAGGGGAGGGAGAGAGUGGUGAGGAGAGUGAGGAUGCGGUGUUGUUGGGGGUGGAGGGCGAGGUUGAUGUUCCUGAUGCUGGGGCGAUUAAUAUUGUUUGAUUAUUAUGAGAUGGGUAGAUUUUGGGAGCUUGGUUUUAUUUGUUGGCUGGGGGUUAGAGGGGCAUAUAUAUACCCGGCGUUCAAGGGGUGGAAGGCUGUGUAAGUGGGAUAUUUAGAAUAUAGGUAUAUACGGUAACGUAUGAAGAAGACGAGAAGAAAGAAAGCC